AUGAAUAUGUCAGUACAACACCUGGUGAACAAAUAUCACAGUAAAGAGCAACUCUCUCAGACAGGAAUAUGGGAAGGGGUGCUGUACGAAGCAGAUACGAAGCGUUAUCUGGAUAGAGGGUGGUGCUGGAAGAUACUGCUGCUUUCAGAAGUGGAUCUAGAUGAGUGGAGUGAGAUGGAGCAACCGGUUGCUGCAACAUAUGGAGUGGACAAGGUGCGGAAUUUGACUGAAGGACACUUGGAACAGCUUCGUGAGGUAAGUGGUGAUAUGGUUGUUCAAGAUGAUAGGUUAAAGGAGAGGGCAUCACUGGAGGAGCAAGUGGAAAUCAUAACGCUAGAUGUACAACGGCUGUUGAUAGACCGUAUAUUUGCUGAGCAAAAUGUGCAAGAUGACAUGAUUGCAAUUCUGUCGCAAUAUACAGAAGAAACAGGGAGGCCCUAUAAGCAAGGAUACCAUGAGCUAUGCGGUAUAUUAUACAUGCAAUUGUACCAUAAUGGUUAUCGCGAAAGUAUUCGGCAUACCAGUAUACAAAUGGUUAAAUGCUUUCUUGGUAAGGUGGCUCCGACGUUUUACGAUGAAGGUAAUUUGAUUCAAUGGACGAAGGAGACAUUUGAGCCUAUGCUGAGCCAUGCGUCGCCUCAGAUUUACGAGCAGUUACUCUUUCAUCACCAGUUAGAUAAUUCAAUCUGGCUUAUUCGUUGGACUCGUUUGCUCUUUUUGCGUGAAUUUGAUCUAGAUUAUACGAUUCAACUGUGGGAUCAUAUCUUAACGUUCCGGUACCCUGUGCCGGAAUUAGUAGCUGCAAUAGCUGUUGUAAGUCUGGUACUUGUAGUGCAAGAGUUACAUUCCUGUGAGGAUCAUGGCGAUUUGAUGGCUUUACUGCUGCACUAUCCUGUAGAAAACCUGACUCCCCCACGGCAAUUGAUGAAGACUACCAAGCUACUUGUGGAAUACUGGCUCAGCGGACAACACAGUAGAAUGCAACCCGUAUGUGACACGCUGAUCGAGGAGCAUAAUUCCGACUGGUACCGGCGCAUGAAGGAUAGUGCCGAUAGUGGUCAACGUCUGAGAUUGGAAGAACGGUUGAAGCGGCGUGCAGAGUCAAGGCUUAAGGGGCGUGCAUCUGUUAGAUAA